CGUGUUGGAGCUUUCUGGAACCCGACUUUCCUUUCGAGAGCGCACGAGCCCUCGCAGUGCGGAUCCAGCCCGGCUUUACUUUUUACUUCUUUCACUCCGCUGGUUCUGUUACCUCGCCAUGGCCGCCGUCAAAGCUCUGAACCCGAAGGCAGAGGUGGCCCGGGCCCAGGCCGCGCUGGCGGUGAACAUCAGCGCCGCUCGGGGUCUCCAGGACGUGCUGAGGAGUAACCUGGGACCGAAAGGGACCAUGAAGAUGCUGGUGUCCGGUGCAGGAGACAUAAAGCUGACCAAAGAUGGCAAUGUCUUGUUACAUGAAAUGCAAAUUCAGCACCCAACAGCGUCACUCAUCGCUAAGGUUGCAACGGCACAGGAUGACAUCACAGGAGACGGGACCACCUCCAACGUGCUCAUCAUCGGUGAACUGCUGAAGCAGGCUGACCUCUAUGUGUCAGAGGGUCUUCAUCCCAGAAUCGUUGCUGAGGGCUUCGAGGCAGCAAAGGAGAAAGCCCUGGCUGCCUUGGAGGAGUUGAAAGUGACUCGUGAAAUGGACAGAGAGACCCUCAUCAACGUAGCACGUACCUCCCUCAGGACCAAGGUCCACGCAGAGCUGGCAGACCUGCUCACAGAGGCUGUGGUUGAUGCUGUGCUCGCCAUCGCUAAACCCAACGAGUCCAUCGACCUGUACAUGGUUGAAAUCAUGGAGAUGAAGCAUAAGACCGACUGCGACACACAACUGAUCAGAGGGUUGGUGUUGGACCACGGUGCUCGUCACCCAGACAUGAAGAAGAGGGUGGAGGACGCCUACGUGCUCACCUGCAACGUCUCCUUGGAGUACGAAAAGACGGAGGUCAACUCUGGCUUCUUCUACAAGAGUGCGGGGGAGAGGGAAAAGCUGGUGGCUGCAGAGAGGAAGUUCAUCGAGGAUCGCGUUCAGAAGAUCAUCGCCUUGAAAAACCAAGUGUGUCCCGACGGAGAGAAGGGCUUCGUUGUCAUUAACCAGAAGGGUGUCGACCCAUUCUCCCUGGACGCCCUCGCCAAGGAAGGUAUUGUGGCCUUGCGCCGGGCAAAGAGAAGGAACAUGGAGAGGCUCACUCUUGCUUGCGGUGGCAUUGCCAUGAAUUCAGUCGAUGACCUCACACCUGAGUGCUUGGGAUAUGCUGGCCUGGUUUACGAAUACACACUGGGAGAGGAGAAGUUCACAUUCAUCGAGAAGUGUGGAAACCCUCGCUCAGUUACCCUGCUGGUGAAGGGACCCAACAAACACACCCUCACACAGAUCAAAGAUGCUGUAAGGGAUGGGCUGAGGGCGGUGAAGAAUGCAAUUGAAGAUGGUUGUGUGGUGUCAGGCGGUGGAGCGUUGGAGGUCGCUGUUGCUGACGCUUUGGUGAAACACAAGCCGAAUGUAAAAGGCAGAGCUCAGCUGGGAGUCCAGGCAUUUGCAGAUGCUCUCCUCAUCAUCCCUAAGGUUUUGGCCCACAACUCCGGCUAUGACCCACAGGAGACCCUGCUAAAGCUGCAGACAGAGUACAAAGAGUCUGGUCAGCUAGUAGGAGUAGACCUCAGCACAGGGGAGCCCAUGGUGGCAGGAGAAGCAGGUGUUUGGGACAACUACAGCGUUAAGAAGCAGCUUCUCCAUUCAUGCACGGUGAUUGCGAGCAACAUCUUGUUGGUGGAUGAGAUCAUGCGAGCUGGAAUGUCUUCUCUAAAAGGUUAAAUGUGUGUACUGAAGAAGCUGUUAUCAUACAUCGCGGGAAUAGUGACAGUUCAGUCGUUGCCCCACUUGGAACUUUGAAGCACCCCAGUCUGAUGGACAACCCUCUGUAGACACCAAGGCAUCCAUCGCAGCGUCUGUCAGAAAUCAUUGUUCUGCUAGUCACGUUUAUUUUUUCAUGGAUUUGUCAAUGUCUCCCUCUGAUUGGUUUAUUUAUGAGAUUUUGUUAAAAGCACUGACCUCAGACACUCAGUUUUGUUUCUACCCAUUAAAGGUUUUUUCAGCUCCUGAAA